GGGCACUUUUUUUCAACAUCCGCAGGGGAUUCCUCAGCUUAAUGGAUCGAAUGCCGGUUCUACUCCUUGCAAUCCUCCAUCUCCAUCUUAGCUGUGCUAACGUAGAGAAGGUACAGCUUCAGGUGGUCGUCAACAGCACGCUCUGCAGUGUCACAUGUGGCAUGGGCAUCAAGGUGCACACGGUUUGCACGAUGAAAGAUGGUGAGAAGGCCGUGGAGAAAACGAAAGGGAGUGCAGAAGCAGUUGAGGCGAUGGAACAGUGUCACGACGUGAAAGUCAAGUGUCGAGAGUCAUGGCAGUGUGGACUCAAGACCGUUACCGUGACAACAGGAGAGAAACUGAAACUGGAUUGUCUGGUGGAGGACACGAAGAAGAUGGAGCAUUCAUGGAGGGUAACAUGGCACCGCGCCACAGGGGUGAUCAGCUCUGACGACUUGCUUUUUGCCCGCUGGGACAAUCCACAGCUGGACCUGGUCAUUCUGAACCCGGUCAGGGAAGAGCACGCAGGAACAUAUCGCUGUGACGUGCUUGAUGCCAAUUUCAGAAGGUUGAAAACGGUUUACUGGGGUGUCCGAGUGCUGCCAAAGGGGAUCCUGAAUCUGGACUAUGACCACGCUCAGAGUGUGUGGGACUCACCUUGGAACUGGAAAAAGUACAUUAUGUCAAGGAUCCUUGAUUCGCCGAUCCUGUGGCUUUACAUUAUGAUGACCUUUCUGAGCCUUCUCAACGUGGGAGCGGUGCUCUUCCUAGCGGUGAGAAUCUUGAAGAAAAGAGGCUCAUUUAAGAUCACUGAGGAUGCAAACUGCCCCGAGACAAUGACAGAGCUGUGACAGCUACAGGUUAAGGGACCAUGUGCUUGGCAACACAUUAAGCGUUUCAGGAGUAAAGACUAGGGGGCUACCA